UUUUAAGACAACAAAGCUGUGAGGUUAAUUUGUUUUGUGUGAAGAAAAUAAUGGCAUAUGCACCUGCAGCCACCACAGUUAGGGGCCUUGGUGGCAGUUCUAUAGCUGGCACUAAACUUACUCUCAAGCCAUCUAGACUUAGUUUCAGACCCACUUCUCAAAGAGCUGGGAUUGUGGUAGCUAAAUAUGGUGACAAAAGUGUGUAUUUUGAUUUGGAAGAUUUGGGUAAUACCACUGGUGAAUGGGAUGUGUAUGGCUCUGAUGCUCCAUCACCUUACAAUCCCCUCCAGAGCAAGUUCUUUGAAACAUUUGUGGCGCCUUUUACCAAGAGAGGAUUGUUGCUCAAAUUCUUGAUAUUGGGAGGUGGUUCGACUCUUGCUUAUUUCAGCGCCACUGCCACUGGGGAUGUCCUACCAAUAGUGAAGGGCCCACAACAAAAAACGAAGCUUGGUCCACGUGGCAAGAUCUAGUUUGAUCAAUGACUUCUAUUCUUGUUAGUAUAUGGUUUAAAUGUACUUGUGUUACAACUUGUAAGUAUGUAUGCUGC